AUGAAGAGAAAGGAGCUGAUCAUGAACCGUUUUUUGAUCUUUGCAUGGUUCAUUGUCUGCGCAGGAGGCGUCAGGCCGCUGGAGAAGGUGGAGUCGACCACGCCGAUCCCUACCCUGUCUCCUCCCGAAGGAAACACGACGUUCAUCGACGGCGUCACGUGGUGCGUCGCCCGUCCUGGAGUCCCCCAGGAGGACCUCCAGAACGCGCUGGACUGGGCGUGCGGCCAGGGUGCCGCGGACUGCUCGCCGCUGCAGCCCGGCGGCCACUGCUACCAGCCCAACACGCUCCUGUUGCACGCCUCCUACGCCUUCAACAUCUUCUACCAGCAGAACGGCAACUCCGACAUUGCCUGCAACUUUGGCGGUGCUGGAUCCAUCACCAAGAGGGACCCAAGUUUCGGGCCAUGCAAGUUCCUGGCAUCUGAGACUUCUGCUGCUUCAGCGCUGCUGUUGAGGAGCACGCAGAUGAUCGGUGCUGCUUUUCUGACCGUGCUUCAGCUGAGAGUUUUCCAAGCUGUGUACUGAGCGCCGUGUGUCGGUGGAUGGAUGGCUUUGGUGCUGCCAAAGUAUCUAGUGAGAGAUUAACAAUGCCCUGGACUAUGGUGGUUUCUUUUUUGCACU